UUUCAGGACCCUAUUUUCCUGGUCAUUUGUUUAGGCGACUGCUAUUUCCAGUAGACUCCUGCGGGAGAAGCCAGCACCAAGCAAGGAGAAAGAAACCCGCGAGAGACCGGAGCUCGCCGGGACGCGACGUCGCUUUGAGAGGUUGAGAGCGGAAGGCUAUUGGUCAUUGCAUUCUACAUUAUUCAUAUCCUUCAGGCUCCUCUACUCCAGCAAGCUUGUAAUUCCUUUUUUUACGUUCUACGCGUUUCUGAAUUUUAGAGCUAAUAACGGGUUUCCAGCGUGUGAAUUGGCUUUCUGACAUCAGCAUGGCGGAUAAUAACGUCCAAGCAUCUUUCCGUAAUAACCGCAACCCUCAGCCUUCAGAAUCCCUCUCCGCGAGUUCCGAUCCGCACAGCGAGAGGGGCGGUCGCCGCAGGGGCGGAGGCAGAGGGCGAGGCCGGAAUUUCGAAGACCGAAAUUCACAAGAUCAUGCUCGGAAUCCAGGCGAUAACGUCCAAAAUCCGCAAGAUAUUGGCCGGAAUCCAGAGGAGAAUUAUAACCGUGGAGGGCGGGGCGGCAGGGGCAGAGGCAGGGGUCGAGGCCGGGAUUCAGAAUUUUCCUCCGGUCGUGGAGGAUUUGACGGCGUCGUCAGCGGCGGCAAUCACGGCGGUGGUCGCGGCGGCGGACGCGGCGGUGGGCGUGGCGGAUCUGCCGGUCUUCUAGUCCAAGACAUUGAUCAACAACUUGCCGUUUACUUUCAACCGUGCGGGCCUGAAGUUUACAACGGAUCUGCAGGCCGUCAGGCACAGGGCGUCGCCCAACCUCGCCGCGGUUACUCUCAGCCCUACCGGCCAUUUCUGGUGCCUUCCGGCCAGUCAGAUCAGCCGGCAGAUCUGACUGCGCUGGUGAAUCAGCCGGCAAGUCAGCCUGCCGCCGCUAACGUUGACGGAAGCAUGCGUGGCAGCGGGACUAGCGCGGGAAUUUUGCCGUUGGAGAUGCCAUCGGCGGGGAUAGCUUCGUAUUCUUCGGGCAGUAGUAAUUUCCAACAGCCAGGAACGCUCCCAAGCAGCGGGCAGCCUCAACCACGGGCAGGUCCUGGGAUUUUGGACCUGCCCGCGCUUCUGCGCCCCCUUGAUGCGCCAGCACAGCAGGGGCGCUCGCGGGGAAGGGGAAGGGGAGGAGGGGGCGGGGGAAGGGGAGGCAGGGAGGGGGGAAGGGGGAGAAGAGGGCCCGGAGGCAGAGGAGAGGUAGAGCUACCGUUACAUUCACAGCAGCAGGUAACAGGGUUACCAGCAUCAGCCCCAGUUUUGCCCUCACACGCUUCUGCGCCAUUUCCUGUGCAACAGGGUUACCAGCAUUCGCAGCAGCCGAAUUCGCAGCAAACGUUUCACCACCAGCAGCAUUUCAACCAGCCGCUACAGCAGCAGCACCACCAGCAGCAGUACCAGCAUCAGGUCAGGCAAAACCCGGGCUUUGGGGGCCACAGGAGGGAGCCUUUUGAGUCGACGCAAAAGAGCGUCCGGGACACGACGAACGACAGCGUGAGGGAUGUGAGGCGAGCGGAAGCAAAGAGAGCAGAAUCACAGAGGGGCGGAGCGGCAGAGAGGGCUGGAGUGGCAGGGAGGGACGGAGUGGCGGUGCCGCAGCUGCUACAAGAAAUGGAGAACCGCCUGCGCACCGGCCAGAUAGAGUGUAUGAUCUGCUAUGAUACGGUCGGGCGCUCUGCCGCCGUGUGGAGCUGCCACAGCUGCUACGCCGUCUUCCACCUGCACUGCACGCGCAAGUGGGCCAAAGCGCCCUCGUCUGGUGCUGCCCCUGACCUCGCUGCGGCUAACGCAGGGGGAGGCGCGGGAGGGAGCGCGGGAGGGGGGGCAGGGAUGGGCGGAGCAGCUGGGGGGGUUGGGGGCGGUGGAGGAGGGGGAACAGCAGCAGGAGCAGCAGGAGGGUCAGGAAGCGAAGGGUGGAGGUGCCCUGGUUGUCAGGCGGUGCAGCUAACCCCUCCCUCUCACCUCCGCUACCUCUGCUUCUGCGGGCAAAGGGAAGACCCGCCCUUCGACCCCUACCUAGUCCCCCACUCCUGUGGGGAAACCUGCCACCGACCCCUAGGCCUCCCCGGUUCGUCCUGCCCCCAUCUUUGCACGCUUAUGUGCCACCCUGGGCCCUGUCCGCCCUGCAGCGCUAUGGGUAGUACCGAGUCAUGCUUUUGUGGGGGGCAGAGGUUCCAGAGGCGGUGUAGCGAGGCUGCGACGAAGCCAGGGGGAGUGUCGUGUGGAGAGCGGUGUGGAGCGGUGCUGAGGUGCGGCAGGCAUGUGUGUGAGAGGGUGUGCCAUGAGGGGCCGUGUGGGGAGUGUGGGGAGGUGGUGGUGGCGCAGUGUGUUUGCGGGAAGGAGGAGCAGCAGAGGCGAUGCUCCAGCCUUACUCCCAGUGACCCUCCACUCAUCUCUCCUACUCCUACUCCUGUGGCUGAUGCUCCUCUUCUCCCUCCUCUCACUUCGCCCUCCAAAGCGACCAAGGUUGACAGUGGCACAACUACCAGCAGCAGCAGCAGCCCUCUUUGUGACGAGAGCAAGGGUGAUAGCAGCACGACAACACCCAGCAGCAACAGCGGCAGCAGUGGGGUGUAUCUCGUCAAAGGAGCGUUUUCCUGCAGCACCAUUUGUAACAAGCUGCUUCCGUGUGGUAACCAUCACUGCCAGAAACGCUGCCACAGCGUCAGCUCCCCUUGCGGCGAUUGCCAAUUUUCACCCUCCACCGUUCACACCUGCCCGUGCGGCAAGCAGCCAAUCACAGCGCUCCUCCAAAAAGCUGGGCAGGCAAAAGGACGAACGUCAUGCCUCGACCCAAUCCCAACGUGUGGCGCUGGGUGCGGCAAGCUACUCCCAUGCGGCCUGCAUGUGUGUGCUAGUCUUUGCCACGUGGGGGAGUGCCCUCCCUGUGAGAGGCCUGUGGAGCAGCAGUGUGCGUGUGGGGAAUCCGUCCGAACGGUGCCCUGCCAUAAAACCCUGAUACUCGCUGGGAAGGGUUUUGGGGCUGACUUUCCUGGCAGCGGCAGUGUCGGUGGGAGUGCUGCUGGUGCUGUGGGUGGUGCUGCCGGUGUUGCUGCUGGUGAGGCCUGUAGUGGUGACGCUCGUGAGGGUAUGGAGGGUGCGGAAUCUGCUGCUGUUGCAGCAGCAGGGACGGGUGCAGGAGCAGGAGUUGAUAGCGAGGCCUUCCGUUGUAACCGCAAGUGUAACGCCAAGAAGAACUGCGGGCGGCACCGCUGCAACACCAGCUGCUGCCCGAAAAACCCCAAGAACAAGGCGCACAGCGCCAACACCGAUGCUGCUUCUCCCGCUGCUGCUGGUGCUUCACCUCCCCCUGAUACAGACCCCCAUCUCUGCAUGCUCGUCUGUGGGAAGAAGCUCCGAUGCGGCAAACACUCCUGCAUGGAGCUUUGCCACUCCGGGCACUGCCCGCCUUGCCUGGAAGCUUCCUUCUCCGAGGUCUCCUGCUCCUGCGGCUCCUCCUUCAUCCCUCCCCCUGUCCCCUGCGGCACUCCUGCCCCCUCCUGCUCCCAGCCCUGCUCCAAGGCGAGGGAGUGCGGGCACGAUCCGGAUCACCCCUGCCAUUUCGGGGAUUGUCCACCGUGUUCCACUGCAGUGUCGAAGGAGUGUGUGGGCGGGCAUGUGGUGCUGAGGGGGGUGCCCUGUGGCAGCAGGGAUAUCAGAUGCAGUAACGUGUGUGGGAAGAGGCGGCAGUGUGGGGUGCACGCUUGCCUGAAACUGUGCCAUGUUGGCCCCUGUGAUGAACCUCCUGCUUCCCCUGCUGCUGCUGCUGCUGCUGCUGGCAGUGCUGGUGGUAGUGCUGACGCUGCCUCUGCUGCUGCUUCCGCUGAUGGGGACAAUCAACAGCCAGUUAAGGGCCCUGUAUCCUGUGGUCAGCCCUGCGGCGCCCCUAGAAGGGAGUGCCAGCACACAUGCACAUCCACAUGCCACAUCGGCUCCCCCUGUCCCGAUGUCCGUUGCACCACCCCUGCCACCAUCACCUGCGCAUGUGGCCGUCUCUCCGCCCGAGUCCCCUGCGGGGCAGGUGGGAAAGACUCCGAUUGGCUGACCGGGAAUCUCAUCCUGCCGGGGCUGCCCACCGCACUGGUUCAGCCUGCGGAGGCUUCCUCGGCGGCGGGCGGCCGGGCAGCGAGAAAGUUUCCGCCGGGGCAGUGCAAGCUGGCGUGCAAUGAGGAGUGUGAGAAGGUCCAGCGGAAGAAAGUUCUAGCUGAGGCGUUUCAUCCCUUAGCAGCUGCUGAGGGGGGUAUUAGCAACAGCAGCAGCAAUAGUGCUUGGGACAGUCGCGACGGCACCAGCAGCAACAGCAGCAGCAGUGCGGUUAGCAGCGGGGAGCUGUCUCAAUCCGUAAUGGACGUGAUCCGCACCGAUCCGCGCUGGGCAGCAGACGUUGAAUCGCGCCUGCAGUACCUAGUGCUGGGCCCUGCUGUCAAGAGCUCCCAUGCAUCAACUGCUGGGUGGCCGCGCGAAGGCGUGCGGGUGCACAUUUUCAAGCCUAUGUCCCGAGAUAAGAGGGAGGCGGUGCACCAAAUGGCAGGUAGAUGGCGCCUGGAGACGGUUUCCAAAGGGGCGGAGCCGCACCGAUUCACACUUGUGUAUACCUUGUCCAAGUCCCGCGCUCCGACCAGGAAGCUUCCGCUCCCUUCACGGAUCCCUGCUGCUGCUGGUGCAGGGGGGUCUGCCACGGCUAGUGUAAGUUGCAGCCUCGGAAGCAGCAGCAUAAUCGGAAACAGCCUGUUGCCUCUGGGCCCGGGCUUCUCACCCUCCCUCACUGCUCCUGCCCCGCCUUUCGACCCGGAAAUUGACCUGAAUCCAGCGCGAGUGGUAGCUCUACUCUCUCUCCCCAGGGAUUCCAAUGUGGCGACUCAGCUGGUUCGAUUCGGAGGGGAGUGCGAGCUGGUGUGGAUCGACGAUCGCAACGCAGUGGCUGUGUUUGAGGACCCCGGGCGAGCAGCAACGGCCAUGCGGUUUCUCGACCACGCCAAGCCCUUCUGGGGCGCUGUUGCCCGCGGUAGCCUGAACCUGCAGCAGCAGCAGCAUGGGAGUGGGGGGCCUGGAUCCUGGGCUGUAGCCGGGGCAGGUGUAGCCGGCGUAGCAGGUGUAUCUGGAGGAGGGGGUACUGGUGGGGCUGGUUCGGCGGGUUGGGGCGGGAGAGGCUCGGCCGGGCCUGCAGGUGCAGGUUCGGGCAGAGGUUGGGGAACAGGAGACGUGGGAGUGGGGGGAGGGGGGCGUGGGGGAGGUGCUACUGGGGGAGGGGCUGGCGGCUGUGGUAAUGGUACCGGCAGUAGUGAUGUUGGUGGUGCCAGUGGCGAUGUGAACAAGCUCACUGGUGCUGCACCUGCUACGACUGCUACAACAGCUACAACUGCUGCACCUGGUCCAACACCAGGUGUAACAGCUGGAAGUGCCGUUGUUACUACUGCCGUUGCUGGUGCUGGUGCUGGUGCUGGUGCUGCUGCUGCUGAUGGGGAAGGGACUGGGGAAGGAGAUGUGGUGAAUGAUGAUAUGGAAGACUGGGAGAAGAUGCUUGAUUAGGGAGUCUUGGGAGUGGGCCUGGAUGCUGGGCUGUAGCUGGGGCAGGUGUGGCAGGUGCGGCAGGAGCGGCAGGUGUGGCAGGUGUGGCAGGUGUAUAUGGAGUGGGUAGGUACUGUGGAAGGAGAUGUGGUUAAUGUUGAUAUGGAGGAUUGGGACUGGGAGAAGAUGCUUCAUUAGGGAGUCUUUUUAUGAUUUUGUAUCUCUAAACGGUACCUCUACAUGAUCUACCGCCAGUGUUAUGUGUUGUGAUCUUACAUAUCUGUGCUUACCCAUAUCGGUU